AUGCAUUCUCGGAAGUCCCCACAAUCACCUGCGUUUCCGGAUCUCUCCCCGAUACUGCCCCUCCCGAGCCCAGUAUCAUCCACCUUCCAACACCGCGUCUCCACGAAGAGUACAUCUCGUGUAACUCCUUCCCCGCGCAUUCCACCAGAGCUUUUUUUGGAUAUCGUCUCGUUCCUUGCUGUUACAGACACGUCCACCAUAACGGACAUCCACGACCAGUCCAAUCUCGCAGAAAUCUGCAAUUGCUCCCUUGUGAGCAAAUCUUGGCUAUACGCAGCCCGAGAUCAUUUAUGGAGACAUGUGCGACUCGGAGGUGGACGAAGAGGAAAUACUUUCAUUGAGUUACUGCAACAUUACACCUCAGGGCAUGAAUCCACCCUUCCGAGUUUUGUUCCGCACGUCAAACACCUCUUCAUUCGUGAAUCGCGGGGAGGUUUAUCGUGGGGCCCAAAAUGGCUUAACGCCGUCUUGCCAACCCUAGCUGGCUCGCUCGUCAAUCUCCACUCUCUCGAAGCCGAGCGCAUCACCUGGGAGUACCUGUCAUCUAAGUCUCGGGAUGCUUUUAUAAAAGGGUUCAAAGGUGUUCGGAAGCUUUCGCUGCGCGUAUGCGAGUUCAGGACGACGCUGGAUAUGAUCAGGGUUAUCGGAGAGUUUGAAGAUGUAGAAGCGCUCGCACUGGACCGGGUGCACUGCGAGUGGGAUGAUAUACCUGCGGACUCGGAGGUGUUUGUAUCUAGAGCCGACGAUAGAAUGAUCCCUAAGCCACCCAGAAGACUUAGGGAGCUCGCGAUGCGGGGAGCACAUACCAGACAUGUGUUGAAAUGGAUGAGGGUGGCGAUGAAGCAUGAUGGAGGGCGGGUGACAGUGGAAGUACUGAGACUCGGAACGUUGGGUGCCAAAAGUGCCCCAGCAGUGGGGAAGUUCUUGAAGACGCUGGGCACAACCUUGAAAGAGCUCCAUCUCGGAUUCGAUGCUGCAUUCAUAGACAAUGGAGACGAGGUUGUAUCACACAUUGACCUCAGUCAUAACAAUGUUUUGAGAGAGAUGCAUGUGUAUGGACUCAUUAUUCCUUCCUUGCCACCUUCAGAUCUAUCAAACUUCCAACCUCCCACGCGGCUACCACCGCAGUUGAUGCCACUCACUGCCCUCCUCGAUGGUGUGCGCGCACCGUUGCGAGCUCUUUCGCUAGCAUUGUAUCCCGCUGAUCCGCACGCCCUUUCAUCAAUGGACUUCGAAGGGCUAGCUCACGUAUUGGACGGAAGGUCAUGGACAACCCUAGAGGAUGUACUUGUUGUGGUAGCAAAUGAAGGACGAUGGAAGGAUGGGCGGGAUUGUCAAUCAGAGACUGGAUAG